UUGUGGCAAUAGAUUUCAACGUCAACACAAACUUUAAGACAACGCAUUUUAUUUAUAUUUCUUCGGGAGUGUGCAUUGAAAUUUCUGUCAUUUUCGUUAAAAAAAUUUUCAUACGACUUUUACGAUUUGCUACGAAAUCCGCCGAACGCGAGGCAACUGCAAAGAUUCGACAAACACAAACAGUUAAAUAAAGCGAAUGCUACGAUAGGGUCAGUGGUGCAAGGGCUCAAGAUCAAAGUUCGAGUUAGGCGUUGUAAAAAGUAGAAAACCACGUAUUAUUUGUAAAAGAUGGCAGCGUCCGCAGGAGUAGCUGACACUAGUAGCAAAGUGGCCAGCGAUGAAAUAUCCUCGUCAAUAUUGCUGGGCAUAGUGGAGGAGAUAAUAUACAGCCCUCUUAAUUUGGCACUUGUAGCUGUAAUUGUAUUUCUGUUUUACAAAAUAGUGAAGGAUCGCUACGAGGUGCCCAGAGGCAAAUCGGGCGAUGGUUUACCGCCGGCGCCUGAACUUCCAAAAUUACGACGUGACUUUAGUAUACAAGAGUUGCGUGCAUAUGAUGGAAAUGGGCCAGAUGGACGUAUCCUGAUUGCAGUGAAUGGGAGCGUAUAUGACGCCACAAAAGCAAAACGAUUCUACGGUCCAGGUGGACCGUAUGCAUCUUUCGCUGGGCGAGAUGCUUCUCGAAAUUUGGCUACUUUUAAUGUGGAACCUAAUAAUAAGGAGGAGUAUGAUGAUUUGAGUGACCUAAAUGCUAUGGAAAUGGAUUCGGUGCGGGAAUGGGAAAUGCAAUUUAAAGAAAAAUACGAUCUGGUAGGCAAAUUAUUACGCAAAGGAGAACAACCGACCAAUUAUGACGAUGAGGAAGAAGAUUCUAGCGAGAUAGUCACUGAAAAUAUUGCUACUGCCGCCGCUUCUGCCACUGGCACAAAUGCUGAAGAUGAAGGUGUUCGAAAGCGUGUCGCUAACUCAACCGAAGAAGAAGUUAAAUAAAUAGUAGUUGUCUCGCGGAUUUUUCGUCAUAAAACUAUUGAUAGAUUUAAAAAAUUUUAAUUUACUAAAAAUUAUUUAAUUAAACAUUGAAAAAUUAUCGAAAAAUGUUUAUAUGCUUAUCACAAUACGGAUGGAAAGAUAAAAAACAGAAUGUUAUCAAAACA